AUGUACACCAAAGCAAUCAUUGCCUUCGGCCUGGCCACUGUUGCCAGCGCCCACAUGAAGAUGAGCUCGCCUGUGCCUUACGAUGCUGCCAACUUGGACAACAGCCCUCUUCUGGCAAACGGUGCGAAUUUCCCCUGCAAGUCUAGCAGUUACAACGCCGCUGGUGCUUCCAACGUCUACGCUCAGGGUGCCACCGGUGAGCUUGCGUUCAUCGGCUCCGCUGUCCACGGCGGUGGAUCUUGCCAGGUUUCCAUCACCUACGACGCCAAGCCCGACAAGAACAGCGUCUGGAAGGUCAUCAAGUCCAUCGAGGGUGGUUGCCCUGCCAAGAACGCCGCUGGCAACCUCGGCGACAACGCCAACCAAAUCAACGCGGACAAGUACGACUUCACCAUCCCUGAAGACAUGCCUGCCGGUAACGGCACCAUUGCUUGGACCUGGUUCAACAAGGUCGGCAACCGCGAGAUGUACAUGAACUGCGGACCUGUCACCAUCACCGGAUCCGAGGGCUCCAAGGAGGCUUACAACGCCCUCCCUGACAUGUUCGUUGCUAACAUCGGCAACUGCGAAACCGUGGAGGGCACCGAUGUCCAGUUCCCCAACCCCGGCACCUCUGUUGACAAGUUUGGCGACGCCUCGGUUCUCAAGGCUCCCCCGGCUGCAUGUGGCGGUGGCUCUGGCAGUGGCUCUGGCUCUCCCGCUCCUACAAGCACCGCAGCUAAUGGUGGUGCCACCACUGCCGCUCCCACCUCCGCCCCGGCCUCUUCCAAGCCUACUGCCAGCGCCGCUAUCCCCGGUGGUGUCUUCAUCACCGUCCCUGCUAACAACGGUGGCGUUUCCGCGACUCCUACCGCCUCUGCCUCCAAGGCACCUGCGCGCUGCCCCAGCGCUGCUCCCUCCGCUGCCCCCUCCGCCGCCCCUUCUUCCGGCACUGGCAGCGGCUCUGGCAACGGCACUGAGACCCCUUCGACCGGCGCUGGUGCCCAGACUGUUGGCUCUGCCUGCACGGAUGAGGGAGCGUGGAACUGUGUCGGUGGCAGCUCCUUUCAGCGUUGCGCCAGCGGCACUUGGUCAGCUGUCCAGCAGCUUGCCGGCGGUACCUCCUGCUCCGCCGGUAUGGGCUCCAACCUCAACAUGGUUGUGACCCGAAAUGGUCGCAAGCGCGCUCUGCGCCAGCGCUCCCUUCGCUUCCGUUCCGCCUAA